CAUCUCUCUCCUCCUCUCCGCCGGGGCCACUAACAUGCUGACAACUAUAAAGGCGCGCGCAGCGCGCAGUUUCCCCUCUCUACCCCGCAGAGCGAUAUCAUACUCCUCUCCAAGAAUGACAGCCAUCGUCACGAACCUCAUCGGCUCGACCACCCAAGCGCCGGCCGCGACAUUUGACGUAGUGCACCCCGGCACCGGCCAGCGAGUGCAUGCCGUGCAGCGGUCCACGGCCUCCGACCUCUUUGCUGCCGUGGACGCGACAGCGGCCGCCCUCCCAGGCUGGCGGGAUACGCCGUUGCGUGAGCGGCAAGCGGUGUUCUCGCGCGCGGCGGCGCUCCUCAAAGACGCGGACAGCGGGUGGGCGCAGCGCCUCAUCUCCGCCAACGUAUCCGAGACGAGCUGCGGCGACUGGUGGGCGACGGAACAGGUCGGCGCCGUCCCACACUUCCUCGAGGCGCUCGUCAACGCCGCCCCCGACGCACUGAAGGAGGACAGCGUCGACUUCCAUGGCUCGACAUACAAGAUCAGCCGGGAGCCGUACGGUGUCUGUCUGGCCAUCGCAGCAUGGAACGCCGUCGCGCUGCUGACGGCGCGCGCGGUCGUCACCCCGCUGCUGGCGGGCAACACGGUCGUGCUGAAGAGCAGCGAGCAAGUGCCGCGCAGCCAAGCGCUGUGGGGCGAGCUGCUGCGCGCCGCCGGCCUCCCGGCCGGCGCGCUCAACGUCGUACACGUCGCGACGGAGGACGCGGGCGCGCUCACGCCCGCGCUCGUCGCGGACCCCCGUGUCCGCCACGUAAACUUCACGGGCUCGACGCGCGUCGGCGCCAUCAUCGCCUCGCUCGCGGGCCAGCACCUCAAGCCCACGCUCAUGGAGCUGGGCGGCAAAGCGCCUGUCCUAAUUCUCCCGGACGCGGACAUUGACGUCGCCGCCAACCACAUCAUUUUCGGCGCCUUCAUGAAUGCCGGGCAGGUGUGUAUGUCCAGCGAGCGCGUGCUCGUCCCCGAGUCGAAGUAUGACGCGCUCGUCGCCGCCCUCCAAAAGGCGUGGGAGGGCGUGCGCGGCCCGCCCCGCGCGCUGUUUACGCGCGCGUCGGCGGCGCGCGUCCGCUCUCUCGUGCAGGACGCGACGGAGAAGGGCGCCGCAGACAUCCUUGCGUCCGCCCGGGCCGAGGGCGAAGGCGCCCACGUCCACCCCCUCAUCCUCGGGCCCGUGGACCCCGGCAUGCGGCUGCACGCUGAAGAGAGCUUUGGGCCGGUGUGCGUGCUCGUGCGCAUCCCCGAUGCGUCGGAGGACGCGAUGAUCGACGAGAUGGUCCGCAUCGCCAACGCGAGCGAGUACGGCCUCUCAGCGUCGGUGUGGGGACGCGACCUCGUGCGUGCCGAGGCUGUUGCGCGGCGCAUCGAGGCUGGCGCGGUGCACAUCAACUCACCGACGCCCGCCGACGCGCCCCUCGUCCCCCACGGCGGAUGGAAGAGCUCGGGCUGGGGUCGGUUCAACGGCGCCGAGGGUCUGCGCGGGUUCACACAGACCCGCAGCAUUGAGGUGCCGGGUAAGGCGGCAGAGGCCAUGCCGCUGCAAGUGUUUGGACUGUAGAGGAGAUGAAUAGUGGACGUCAAUGUGACUAGGUCGCUGGUGC